AUGGAAUUCAGUGGGAGGCAAAUCUUCAUGUUUUACAUAAUCCGCAGAAGUCCUUUUGAUGAUUUCGAUUUCCAGGAUCAAAAUUAUUUGAUUUCGAAAAAUAAUUUUCGGGAAAUAUUUAUUGAUAGAAAGACAAUACAAGUGCCAUUAGGCGGUCUUGAAUUGUCAACACACGCAAUAAAUACACAAAAUCUACUUAAUUCGAUCAAUGAUCGAAAACCAUUUGUAACAAUAGUUUUCCUGAAUUGCUGUAGAACUUAUCAUCUACAUCAUCAAGAAUUACAGAAAGAUACUCGAGGUGAACCAAAUCCAUCUCUACACGGAUUAAAGCCUAUGCCAGCGGAAGUUAGGACAUUGAUUGCAUUUGCUUGUGCACCGGGAACAACUACCGAUGAUGGAAAUAAUGAUGAAAAAAAAUGGAUUUUUUAA